UAAUUUCAUCCUACAACAGUUAAGUAUACAAAAGCUAUUUACAAAAGUAAAAUUAAGAGUAGCCAUGCGAAAUAAAAUCCGCCUCCUAAUAUAGGUACAAAAUCCCCAGGUCCCUUUACUAAUCUUUAUUGCUUAUAAACCGUAUCGGCCUCUCGAGACAUAAAUGCAGCCACAGAAAAUAUUUAAGGCCGGAAGAGUCCGGAAUUCAUUCAGUAUCGCGGAGAAGUUUCAGCAAAACAUCAUGGCAUUCAAAACGGUGUUAAUUUUUGCGAUUACUAUAAAUUCGGUGUUCUCACUUUCGAGGGAGAAUGAAUCGGAGCAGAUGCUUGUGGUUAACGAUGAUAAUUUACCGUCAGUAAAUCGUGCUAAAAGAUUCUGCGAUGGAAAUGUGUGUUCGGAGGCUUUCAGAGAGAUCCCUUCUUCGUGCAUGUUGGCAAGCUGCACAAAGCGGGCAUUGCAAGAAGACGUUGGACCAUUUUGGGCAAAUCGAGGCAAAAGAAAUCCCAACUAUAAGACGGAAACUUUGUACGCAAACGAGCCCCAUUGGGUAUUAGUUCGGCGUGCCAAUGACGAGUUCCUUCCGUACAAAUACAACUACGAGCCAUUUUUUAUUACUCGCGGAAAGAAGGAUAAGAAAAUUGAAGAGGAUAGUAACAGUAUUAUUCAAGAAAUGUUUGGGAAGAUGCGUAUUCGUAACCAUCAAGACUCCGAGAUAAAAAAUACGGAAUAAUUUCUGAUGUAUGUAGGUAUCUCAAAUUAAAAAAUGCCUUGUAAGAAAUUAUAAAUAUAAUUGUUAAAAAAACUAGAUAUUCCUUAAACCCAAGUUU